UCAUCACCUGACACCAUGGCCGGCAGAAAUAUGGGUGUUAGAAGCUUUGGCAGUGCUUCCAUGUAUGCUGGCAGUAGCGGUUUUAGUGCUAGAGUUUCCACCACCAGCAGCGGCGCCGUGUACGGCGCUGCUGGUGGUGGUGGAGGUGGAGGUUAUGCGGGGAGCUACAACUACAGCUACAGCGGUGGAGCUGGCGGCGCAGGGGGUGCAGGUGGCGGAUUCGGCAGCGGCGGAGGAGAGGUGGACAUCUCUGCCAACGAGAAAGCCACCAUGCAGAACCUGAACGACCGUCUGGCCACCUACCUGGCGAAGGUCCGCACGCUGGAGAAGAAGAACGCGGAGCUGGAGUUGAAGAUCAGGCAGUUCCUGGAGAGCAAGACGGCCCCGUCCGGAGGCAAAGACUACAGUGCCUACUUUGCCACCAUCGCAGACCUGCAGGGAAAGAUCCAGGAGGCAGUCAGGUUCAACGGUAGCAUCUACCUUAAUAUUGACAACGCCAAACUGGCUGCUGAUGACUUUAGGUUGAAGUGGGAGAACGAGCUGGCCUUGCGUCAGGCGGUGGAGUCCGACAUCGCAGGGCUGAGGAGAUUCCUCGACGAGCUCACUCUGUCCAGGACUGACCUGGAGAUGCAGAUCGAGGGGCUGAAGGAGGAGCUGAUCUUCCUCAAGAAGAACCACGAGGAGGACCUGCUGGCGAUGCGAGGCCAGAUGAGCGGUCAGGUGAACGUGGAGGUGGACGCUGCUCCUCAGGCAGAUCUCACUAAGAUUUUAGAGGAAAUCAGAGAGCAAUAUGAGGCUGCCACCGCCAAGAACCAGAAGGCCCUAGCAGACUGGCACAAUCAAAAGUCAGAAGCUCUAAAACAAGAAGUGGGUGCACAAACAGAAUGCAUCCAGACGUCUAAAUCAGAGCUCACAGAACUUAAGCGAACCCUGCAAGCCCUGCAGAUUGAGCUCCAAUCACAGCUGAGCAUGAAAGCGGGGUUGGAAGGCACCCUGGUUGAGACUCAGGAGCGGUUUGCAAAGUUGCUGUCGGGUUAUCAGUUAAGAGUAACAGGCAUGGAGGAGCAGCUGAUGCAGCUGAGAUGUGACCUAGAAAGACAGGGCCAGGAGUACCAGACGCUGCUGGAUAUCAAGACCAGGCUGGAGAUGGAGAUUGCUGAGUACAGGAGGCUGCUGGACGGAGAAGGAGGUGGUGGCUCCGGUGGCUCAAAAUCCAGCUCCUCAAAAACAACCACCUCAAAAACACCCGGCUCAGGUGCGUCCUCCGGCUCUGGUGCAUCCUCCGGUUCCACAUCCACAACCACUGUCAAGACCAAACAGCAAAUAAUUACUGUUAUUGAGGAAUUGAAGGAUGGAGUGGUGGUGAGCAGCAAGGAGGUCAUCAGUGACGCUUAGUAAGAGCCAGUGCGACAGCACCCUCAAAGUUGGUAAACACAAGUGAACGCGCCAAUAAAAUUUUGCUGAGGUGCUUCAAAGUAAA